AUGUCUUCGGUCCCAACCACCACCAAGACAUGGAUCUUGCAAAAUUAUCCCAAGGGUGUUGCAACCUUCGCCAGCGGCGACGAAAACGCUACCUUCAAGCUCGUCGAGCAAGAAAUCCCCAAACUCAAACCCAACCAAGUCCUCGUCAAGACCCUUUUCCUCUCCAAUGACCCGGCACAGCGAGUCGGUAUCGAAGGCUCCAUCCCUGCAGACCGCAUGUACGUACCUCCCGUACAACUCAAGGCACCCAUGGGCGCUCGAGGCCUGGGCGAAGUAGUCGACUCGACCACCGAAAGCAUCCCUAAAGGUACCAUCGUCCAGGCUCCGUUGCCAUGGAGCGAAUAUGUCGUGGUCAACGCUGCCGAUGCCAGUGCCCGAAAUCCACUACCUAACGGCCUGAGCAUUACCCAUUACCUCGGUGCGCUGGGCGGGCCUGGUUUGACGGCCUAUUAUGGCUUGGUGGUCAUCGGUGAAGCAAAGAAAGGCCAACGAAUUGUUGUCUCCGGUGCUGCCGGUGCGACUGGAAGCAUGGUCGUCCAGAUCGCAAAGAAUAUCGUCGGCGCAUCCGAAGUCAUCGGCAUCGCAGGCACAGACGAGAAAUGCCGCUGGGUGGAGAGCCUCGGCGCCGACAAAUGCAUCAACUAUCGCAGCAAGACAUUCGAGCAAGACCUCAUCAAAGCCACCGAUGGGUUCGUGGAUGUCUACUUCGACAACGUAGGGGGCCAAACUCUUGAUAUCAUGCUCGGCCGCCUCAAGCAGGGCGGCGUCUCUAUCGCCUGCGGUGCUAUUUCUAAUUACAACGCCCAAGAACCCACGAUUCUUAAAAAUUAUUUCCAAGUCGUGACCAUGCGCCUGUCGAUCCGCGGCUUCAUCGUGCUGGACUACGCCGCGCAUUUUGGCGAGGUCAUCAGCAUCUUCAUCAAGGCGCUGCAGGAAGGUAAGCUCAAGAUCUCGGACCGAAGUGAGCAGGUUGUGCCCACGAAGUUCGAGGAUAUCCCUGCUACUUGGUUGAAGCUGUUCGAUGGUGGCAAUACUGGAAAGCUUGUCACGAAGUUGAUUUAG